CCCUCUCCUUUCUCUCUCUCUUUCUCUCUCCUCUUAUAUUGGCAAUCUUGCUCGGCGGACAAGGCACAGCAAAUCUUGAAGGGAAUUCCGAAGCGCGACUAAAGCCUCCGCCGACGCCGCCGCUCCCCGCGGUGCUCCGCCCUCAUCCGACCCACCUCCGGGGAAGUCGCCGGAGUCCGAAACCCGAUGGACAAGGAGCUGGUGGAGCUCUUCGAGCGGGCCAAGAAGGCAGCCGAUGCCGCGGCCGGCGACGGGGUGUCGUCGAGUGGCCCCGAGGUUUCGCGGUGCGUGGACUCGCUGAAGCGGCUCAAGAGCUUCCCGGUGUCGUAUGACGCCCUUGUUGCCACCCAGGUUGGGAAACGGCUUAGGCACCUAACAAAACAUCCUAUGGAAACAAUCAAAACAAUGGCUGCAGAUGUGCUUGAGAUUUGGAAGAAGAUAAUCAUUGAUGAGACAGCCAAAAAUAAAAAGAAGUCCGGCAAUGAUGAUAAAUUGUUGCAGAAAAAUGAGAAACCAGAUGGUAUCAAAGUUGAGAAGGGGCAGAAGGCAGAUGCAGUAAAGGUCGAUAAAUUUUCACAUGUAGAAACAGUGAAAGUUGAGAAAACUUACAGAGGUGAUUCGACCAAGUUGGGUAGGGUUUCAAGUUCUCAGACCACCAAAGUUGAGAAAAAUGUUGUUGACACAAAUGCUCUAAUGUCUGAGAAUAAUGGCAGAGAAGAAGGUAUUAAAGUUGAGCGUAUAUUCAAAGAGGAGAAACAGCCACUGAAUAUUAAGAAACCAUCAGGAAGGAAUGCUCCUCCGAAGUUGACAGCACUGGUCAAGUGCGAUGAUUCCCUUCGUGACAAAGUUAGGGAACUACUUGUUGAGGCACUGUCUAAGGUUGCUAGCGAGGUUGACGAUGAUAUGAAGGAUGAAGUAAAUGCAUGUGAUCCAAUCCGAGUCGCUGUCAUUGUUGAAUCCAUUAUGUUUGAGAAGAUGGGUCGGUCCAAUGGAACCCAAAAAUUCAAAUAUCGAUCCAUCAUGUUCAACAUCAAGGACCCAAACAAUCCGGACCUAAGAAGGAAAGUUCUUCUUGGGGAGGUCAAACCAGAGAGGCUCAUCACAAUGACCCCAGAUGAAAUGGCCAGUGAUCAAAGGCAGCGUGAGAAUCACCAAAUUAAAGAGAGAGCUUUGUUCGACUGUGAACGUGGUGGCCCACCAAAAGCCACAACUGACCAGUUCAAGUGUGGUCGCUGUGGCCAGCGAAAGACUACUUAUUAUCAGUUGCAAACUAGGAGUGCAGAUGAGCCUAUGACGACUUUUGUGACUUGUGUAAAUUGUAAUAACCACUGGAAGUUCUGCUGAUCUGCGCAAUCCAGCCAUUCAGAUGGAACAGCUGCUGAUUAUUUGCUGUAUGGGUUGUCAUCAGUUGUUCAAUGAAAUCAUCUUUAAUUUCAGGAGACUGUCCUCGCUUGCUCGUUUGUUGCUGGAAGAUUAGACAUGGGCAUUAUCGACAGCUGUGGCUUAGGUCCUGACGACAACCACCAACACAUGUCUUCUGUAGAAUAUAGUUGUCUGCGGAUGCAGGCUUUGCAGAAUUCAUAGAUCAUGUUUAAUAUAGGCUUUCAUAGCUCAACAAUAGGUGCAGUGUGCUCCUUAAGAGGCCUUAAUUCUUGUUCAGGAUCUCAACCGCAUUGGCUGAGAGUAGUGAGGGUGAUAUGGCCUACCUUGAGUGAUAAGAGUUUUCUGUUUUGAUUAGAAGUAGUAGCCAGAACAAAUUCUCCUCAGACUCUCUAAAUGACUUUCAAUCUAUAUUUCAUCGAACUGCUUUUCUUGGUUUGUAUCUUAAAUAACUCUGUUCAUCAA